AUGUCUGAACCAAACAAUCCCUUCGCGGGACUUUUGGGGGACUCUGAAGUAACAACCCCAGUUGAUACAAUCGCUGGUGAUGAAAACAUAAACACUCAAAACCUUGAAGAAAAAGUAACAGAAGAUGAAGAUAUGGAAGCAAUAAAUAACAUUGUGGAGAAUGUAUUCCACUUCACAAUUAAUCCUAACGCUUUAAUGGGAGUUCGGCAGUUAGUUUUUUUGGAGGAUCUUGCUGAAGCAACCAAGCCGCGAAUUUAUAUAGAUUUAGAAGCAUUAGAGCAAGGCUUAUUUGAAAGAUUACUUCUUACUGAUGUAGAAUCUAGUGUAGUACCUAAAUCUUGUAAGGUUUUUAAGGAACAUGUGGUGCAAAAACAAGUUUUUCCCUACUUAUUUAGUUCACUGCAAAACAUGCAAGGUUACGAACUAUCAAAAACUCCCAGUGUGAUGGAUGCUCUUCAAAAAAUGAAGGAGCUUAUAUUUAGAAAUGCGGUGACUGCUUUAAAACAGCCUGCUUUAUUUGAAGGACAAGUAUUUUCAAUGCAGCUUACUGAAUUAUUACAGCACGUAGACCCACAGAGUCAUAACUUCUUUUUGGACAUAGUGAAAUCAUUUAUGUCUGAUGGUGACGAAGGAAGCCAUGAACAGUUGAAAGAGAUAAUGCUGUCUGUGUUGAAAAUAAUUUAUACAGAUAUAGAAAAAUCUAAUAUAAUUAACUUGCCUAUUUAUAUUCUUAAGUCUGUACACUUAUUUGCAAGCAAUCCACAUUUAGCACCAAUUUUACUAGAGAGCUGUGAAGUAAAACCUAAUGAAAAGAAUGGAAGACUGUACCAAAGUAAUGUAAUAGGGGGCUUACUGGCCCUUUCAGUGAUGCCCAAGUCUAAUUCAUCAUUACCUGAGUUUUUUGACAAUCCCAUUGAUCAGACUGCCACUGCACUCAUAGAAUCUUCAUUAAGAAAUGCAAUAUCCCACCUCACUAAUAAUAUGCACAAAAUAUUCCUCACACUCUUGAAAGCUGGCCCUCAGAUAAAAAGUCAAUUACUAACAUGGAUUGGAAGGUGUUUAAAGUCAAAUGCUGUGAGAGGAAAACUUUGGAAUAUACAGGUGGCUGACAUGACGGCAACUUCAUCUUGUGUAUCAGAUGGGUUUAUGUUGAACUUAGGGGCAGUACUGCUACAGUUGUGUCAACCGUUCUGCACAUCAGCAGAUGAUCCCAAGGCAUUGAAAAUCGACCCCACCUAUUGUGCAGUUCCACCUGAAGAGUGUGAAGCGAAAUCAGUGCACUUAGAUUGUCUAUACAACGAAACCUGCCUUUUGCCACCCCGGACAAAUGAGAAUGAUCAAGCAAUGAAACGAGAUACUGCAGAAACAUUCAAUUUUGUUACGGAAUGCUUUUUUAUGACCCAAAAGUGUAUUGACUUAGGUGUCCGCGUCUGCGCUGACAAGUUAUGGCGGACUGGACAAGAGCUUGGCCAGGCGCAGCGUGCUCUUGCGGACAUGACAUCAGCCGUUCAUCAUCUCCUAGAUCCAAUGAGACAGCGGAAUCAACUAUUAAUGUCUAAGUUCUACAGCCUCCGCUGCGCUCUUCUUGAGAAAGACAUGUUAACAAACCUGAACCGUUUACAAGCGACCACUUGCAAUUGGUUGGUACAAGUGGCAAUUCAGCCCAACUCUGAGCAACCGCUGUCCAGCUACGCGCCCAUGACCGUCACUCCUAUCGUCAUGCCUGUUACUACAAUACCGCCUGAUACACUCAGAUGUGUCCCAGAAUUUGUCCUGGAGAAUAUAGUGGUGUUGAUAACCCUCGCGCGACGAACAGCUGGUGCUAUCGACGAGGAUGCCGACAUAGCUGGACUACUGAGACCCGCGCUCACGCUCGUUCUCACUUUCAUGGGUGAUUCCUCAAGGACAUACAACCCGCAUCUCAGGGCACGACUAGCUGAAUGUCUCGAGGCAAUGUUGCCAAAUCAUCCUGAUGAUCAACAACCUUUGAGCAGUUUAGCUUCAUUCUAUCGCGAACAGUUGUUUAAGGAACACCCACAUAGAUUGCAGCUAGUACCGUGUUUAUUGGACGUGUUCGUUGGCAUUGAGAUGACUGGUCAGAGUGUUCAGUUUGAGCAGAAGUUCAACUAUCGCCGCCCGAUGUACCUUGUGAUGGACUUCUUAUGGGAGAUGGAGGAGCAUAGACAGGCUUUUACACGCUUAGCGAGAGAAGCUGAAGCGAACAUGGAAGCAGUCCACCCACCGAUAUUCUUGCGAUUCGUGAACCUCCUGAUGAACGACGGCAUUUUCUUACUAGACGAAGCUCUCGGCAAUAUGGCACAGAUACGCACCCUGCAAACUGCACAUGAGUCAGGCGCGUGGGCGAACCUGCCGAGCCAGGAGCGCGCGCAGAACCUGUCGAACCUGUCGCACAUCGGCAUGCUGGCGCGCUUCGACAACAUCCUGGGCCGCGACACCAUCCGCACGCUGGUGCGGCUCACGGCGCACGCGCCCUACGUAUUCUGCCACCCCACGCUCGUCGAGAGGAUCGCCUCCAUGCUCAACUACUUCUUGCUGCAUUUGGUCGGUCCUAAUAAGAAGAACUUUAAGGUAAAAGACAUGAAAGAAUACGAGUUCAAUCCUGCUACUACUGUACUAGACAUAUGUCGUAUGUAUGUUGAGCUUGGGUCUAACGAACGAUUCUGCGCCGCUGUAUCAGAUGACGGACGGUCGUACUCACCACAACUGUUCACUUUAGCGGAGGCCGUGCUCGUACGCAUCGGAGGCGGUGGGUUGAUAGGUUCACUCCAGGAGGUGGCCAGCCGUGUUGAAAUUCUAGCAGUACAACGACAACGAGACGAGGAGAUUCUCGCCAAUGCCCCUGAGGAGUUCCUCGACCCCAUCAUGAGCACCCUCAUGAUGGAUCCAGUGACACUACCUAGCUCCCGAACUACUGUAGACAGGACUACUAUUGCUCGCCAUCUUCUAAGCGAUCAAUCGGACCCAUUCAAUCGAUCACCGUUGUCUAUGGACCAAGUAAAAUCUAACACAGAACUCAAAGAACGGAUUUAUGCCUGGAUCGCCGAAACAAAACGGAAUAUUGCUCAAGAAAAUAGUUCAAGUACAUGA